AUGUUGUUUCCCAAAGUACUGGGAAGGGUCGCCCUGGCCGCCAAUGCAGAGACGGGCCAGUCCGUCUUCGUGUCUCCCGACACCCUCGUCACCUUCGCCUUCGCCGCUCCGACCGACCACAAUCGCGAUGUCUACUUCUCCCUGCGCGUUCACCAGAGCGUCACCUGGGGUGCCGUCGGCCUUGGGUCAGACGACAUGCCCAAUUCCCUGAUUCUCAUGCUCUACCACGAUGACGAAGGCACCGGCGUCACCUUCUCGCCUCGCAUCGCCUUUGGCAACUACGAGCCCGAGUACUACUCCCACAUGCGCUGGGAGGUGCUCGACGGUACUGGCAUACAAGGCGACUACUUGGUCUUCAACGCACGCUGCACCGACCACUGUCGCACCUGGCUGCACGGCUCCCUCGAUGUCUUUGAUCACGAUCAGAAGGCCAUCUGGGCCGUUGGUCCCGACGGCAGCCUGCGUUCUGACGACAUGGACGCGCCGCUGCCCAUGCAUAGGCAGUUUGGCGGCUUCGAGAUCGACAUGGGCCGCACCAACAAGGUCAACGCCACGAGCAUCAGCGCCGACGCGAAGAACAUUGGCACCGAGGCGAGAUUCCACCGCCAGAGCCAUCGCGAUCUCAAGUCACGGUUUCACGCCAUCUUCAUGAUCAUGUCCGUCUGCGUGUUGCUGCCGGCAGGCAUAUUGUGCCUGCGUGCCGGCCAGAUGGUGCGCUGGCACGGCAUCGUCCAAAGCGUCGCCCUCGUCUUUGCCAUUGUCGGUGUCAGCCUAGGCAUUGUCACGAGUUUCCUGUAUCAACGUUCUCGCGGAUUCAACGACAGGCACCAGAUCAUCGGCCUUGUCGUCUUUGGCCUAUUUUUCGGCCAGUUUGUACUCGGCAUCCUGCACCACUUGCAGUUUAAGCGCACGAAUAAGCCCACCAAGCUGCAAACCCCGCACCGGUGGACUGGACGCAUCAUACUCUUCGUCGGCACUUUUAAUGCGUUCCUCGGCUUCUCGUUCGCACUCAACCGCCAAGAGGGUUAUUUCCUCGCUGCUCUUGUCAUCGCCGUAUGCGGUUUCUCGCUCUUCUUCAUGUUCGGCCAGGGCUUCCUCCGCCGCCGCCAGCAGCGCCACACGAACGGCCCCUUUUACGGCGGACACCCUUCGGGCCAAGAGCCGUGGCGCCACCAGGGCCAGGCGCAGCCCGGCGGCGGCAACGCAGGCUACCAGCCUGGCUAUGGCUUUGCCGGCCACGCAGCGCCAGCAGGAUAUGCCCCGCCCGGCGGCCCUCUGUCUCCCGGCGGCUAUGCCGCGCCACCGCCGUAUGAAGGACCGCCGCCCGCACAGGGAUCAGGCGCCAGCAUUGGGUUGUCGACCAUGAGCCCGGCCUCUGGUAGGGAUCGGGAGAGGGACCGUAAGGAUGGUGAUGGGGGUGACCUCGGACCAGUGCAGACUCCGAGAGAAACAUUGUAG